AUGAUGUACCGGCUGUCGCUUUCCAAGCCAUCUGCUCUACCAAGCAAUGAAUUGGAUGAUUCCUGGGUGCAAGAAAUCGACAUGGUGCGUGGCGAGUCCUCGAAAAAGACCUCGAAAGUUGGAGGCACGUUUAUUACGUCGGCCUACAACGAGUUGCUUCAAGCUCAAGCUGCAGCCAAGCCAAAGCGCAAGAAGAAGAAAACUGGGCAAGGGGAAGUGGCGUUGCCGGUGCACCCAGCGACGGCAACGCGGACGCGGGCGCACUUGAUGGUGACGAACAUUACGCUGCAGGCACUCGCAAUGGGUGCCAGGGAGGAUAAUUGA